AUACAUAUGAUCUAAUAUUUUUCUACAAUUUAUUAAGGUACUACAACAGAGAUAGAAAAAACCUCAACAAAACCCGCCUAAGUAUACACAGAGAGAAAAUUGAACGUAAAUAUUGUGCUUCGAAAUUAAUUCACAAAAAACCCCAAAGUUUAUUUAUUUUCGAAUCGAUACUUCUCUUCUCUUCUCUCUUCGGAUAAGGACAAAAAUAUCUCUACCUCUAUACCGGCAUUAAAUUAAUUCAUGUGUACAUUCUUAUACAUAAAAUCCUACCUCUCUGCUGCUCCCCCUCAUCACCAACUAUAUCAAAUCAAAGCUUUUUUAAAGCCAACUCAUGAGUCAUGCGCAUUUACAUUUUUCUACAGAAAUAGUUUUUGUGGGAGACUCAAAAUAACCACCCCUUUCGUUUCACCCCCCCUUAAAGCAAAAAAGGGCUCAAUUCACUUAAUGUUUGUGUGAAAAACACACCUUCCCCCUAUUUCAAGGAUACGACGACGACGUUGAUUUGAGUACUUAUUUCCUGCUCCGAGCGCUUCUGUAGGGAUGUUUUAUAAAUAUUUCGCGACUCUACUCUCACGUCAGACUCUUGUCAACAUACAAAAUUUUAGUAUAUUCUCAGCAUUCACCGGAAUCUGUACAUCUGGCCAAAAAGCCUAGAAUCAAAUUUUACCGUCUCUAUUUGCUGCAGAUAUAACACAUACAUAAUUGAGUUCCAAAGAAAAAAAAAAAUAUAAAAAAAGGACAUUUUCGACAAAUUGAAAAAUCCCUGCACGUUGUCGUUUCGUUUUAGUGCAGUGUAUUCACAUUUAUUGGUUCACAUUUAAACCCAGAAAAAGGACAUCAUCGAUGUCGCGCUUGAAAAUUCUUCCUGAAAAGAGUCAAUUUAAUCUUCUGAAAAGGCUAUAAUACAAAUACCGCAGACGAUUAUUGACCUUUAUAUCUGUUUCCUGGAUCCUUGAGUCCUUUACGGAAGAACCGAAAUGGAUAACGGCAUCAGUUAUGCGUGUUUUGCAAGUUUCGGCGGCAAAUAAUGGUUUUGCUGAAAACAAACACAUCAUCAGCACAACAUCAUCAAGAAAUAAUCUUCUUCAUAAUUCAACAGAGUUAUCAUCAUCAUCAUCAUCAACAUCAGCUAAAUCAACAGAAGAAACAUUCGGGAACAAUAACGAAAAUGACAGGACCCAUCCGAAUAAUUCGAAUCCGAACAGUAAUUUAGAGCAUUUUACGAACAAGAACUCAAGAACUACUACCAGCACAAUAACAACCACCUCCACCAACAAUUCAGUUUCUGAUGCUAACAAUGCCACAGCCCUAAAUAUUUUGUCGUCGUCAUUAUUAUCAUCCCACCAACAACAACAACAACAACAACAGAAUUCGCACAAUUGCAAAACUUCUUCUUCGUCAAUAACAACAACGAACUUAACGACCAACACGACGACGACAACAACAACAAAGGAAAAAGCAACGUUGUUAUUGGAGCAAUUUAAUUCUGAUGGCUCACUGAUUGAUUCAACAAAUGGUACAGAAGCAGUAGCACUAAAAGAAGAGCAUCAGAAUAAUUCAAUAAAUGAUACGAGUACUUCUUCGGUGGAGGUCGUUGUCGAUAGCUUGCAAAAUGUCGAAGUCGAUUCUAGUAAUUAUUCGUUUUUUGAAGAUUGCGUCAAUGAAUUUGCGAAUUUAGAGAGUUACCGAAGAACUUCUUUACAAAAACCUGCAGAAACUAUAAAUGGCCUACAAAUAGAUAGAAACAAGCCAACUAUUCAAAAGGAAGAAAAUCAAUCCCACUUUAGUGGUCAAAGUACACCAUCUUUUGAAGAAAUCCAUUUAGAUAAUUUAGCAUUGGAACGUGAGCUUAAUAGAAUAAUACGAGGAACAUCAAUAAGUGAAGCUUGCGAAGACGAUAACAGUUGCAAUUGCAAGAGCUUACAAGAAUCCUUAAAAUCAUACGAAUUGAUUCGGGGUAAUAGCUCAAGUGGUGGUUUGCUAAGAAAUAAUGACGAUAAUGUUAGUAUUGAUGGCGAUGAUGACGAUUACGAUGAUGAUCAAAUGGACCCACAUCACAAUGCAGAAUCGAUAACGAGAUCAUCUGAAUUGUGUCAAGACGAUGAUGAUGAUAGUCUUAUGGAUGAUGAUGAUGAAGAAUAUCUAAGUUCUCAAGCAUCAUCGUGUACUUCGGUAAGCACACCGCAACGUUCGCACUUUCCUCGCGGCAUAAUCAAUCCAAAUUACCCUGGUUUCCAGCAUUUAGCACACACCUUGUCUGAGCACUAUAUCGAUCAUCAAUCGUCUGAUCCAUACGACAGUGAUCUCUCAGAAUAUGAAAUGGAGUUAAGUGUAGAUAGCUUUGAAUGUGACUUUCUUGAUGGCGGAAGCAGUUCCCUAGGAAGCAAUAUGAAUCACAACAACAACAACAAUCUCAAUACCGUCAUGGUGGUCAAUAAUAAUUUAAUUGACCACAAAUCAGUUGUUGCCAUGGAUGACACCGAAGAUAAUUGCAACAGACAUACGUCAACAUCGGAUGAAGUUGACGGAUUGACAGUUCUUCCUUUGAUAAGCGUUACUCAAAGUUUCAGCGAUACAAAUCGAAAUACCGCCACCACCACCGAUGAAAAAGAAUCUAAUAACCUUCAAACUUAUUUAAAUCUUUAUGAUUCUACAACUCAACAACAGGAGAAUGAUGAACGCAGCAAGAAUUUGCAAAUUGAAAUUCCCCAAGACGAUGGUAAUUUUGGGUGUCCAACACCAGAUAUUUUGAUAAAGAACUACGACAGUGAACGUUAUUGUCGCCGGGUGAAACCGGAAAAUCGACCAGAUUUAUUGCGAAAUGUUAGUCCGAAUCCACCAAUGAAAUGUCGCUUCGAAGCGACAUUUAUGGAAGAUGAAGAUAAACACCAUCAACAAAGGAGUACUGAACGUGAUUCCCCACCUAAUACACUUUUGACAUCGCCAGAGAAUAAGAGUGACAUGGGAAGAGAUGAUAUAUCAUUGGGAUUGACACCGGUUGAUAUAGUUGGUGAUUUUGGUCAAGAAGUUGAACGCGAAUUUGGACUAAUUGUUAGUGGAUAUAAUAGUCGAUUGGAGUUUGAUAGUUAUACAACGGGACCGUUUUACUUGUAUAAUGUUGCUGAAGCUGAAAAGAUGUCUGAUGCACAACUCUCGAAUGGCACCGAAGAAAUACCAAUUAGCAAAUAUGCCACAGAUGUAGAUCUUGUUGAUCUGCAUCAGACUCACCAUCGAUUGCCUCCAUCAUCCACCAUCAAAGACGAAACUUCUUGUACAAUAAAUUCCGAACAAGAUACUCGAAUGGAUGAUGAAGAAACACCAGAGGAAGAUGAAGAUCGCAGAGCAUCCGAUUGUUUGAUAUCACAAAGUGGCGGCCAGAUAUCCGAAAAUAGUAUCAAUUCAAGACUAACCACUCAAGACGAUGCCACUUGUGACGAUCCAAAUCUAGAAGAAGUAGAAGAAGAAAAUGCAUUUACUUCUGAAGAGAAGAUCAUUCCAACAGCUAUUGUGAAGCCCAAAUAUCAGAAAUCCUCCUACGACGAGCGUCAGUUGCCUCCGAUCGGUCUAGAUUUCAAUGUAAAGUCGCGUGCUUGGUUUGAUUGUCCGAGUAGCAGUAGCGGCAAUUCGCGUAGCACAAAGAAAACCCAAAACGAACGAAAUAGUAAAAUUUACAAAUCAGCAAAGUUUGCUCGUGGUAAUUCGAAUAAUUCAUCGUCGUCAUCGGUGAAUCGAUUUGGUUUACCAGGUCGCCGUAUGGGAAAUAAUAAUAAAGGAAAAAUUGCUGUAGUCCAACCAAUGUUAAAGGACACUGAAGAACACCAAACAAUGGACAAUGAGAAGGCGGCAGUGACAGCGGAAGAGGAGCAAUUAGUUGACAAUAAACCAGUUGAACCGCAUUGUACACGAUAUAGUUUUGCUUCGUGGGCGGCCAGUCUUCGGGAUUCGAAACGAUCGAAUCAUAGAACAACUGAAGAAGCUGAUUCUUCAGCAUGCUUUGAUGUUUACAAUAUUGAGACGGCCUUGCCGGAAAUUGAUUUAGAAGCAAUUGAAACACAUUUAAAGAGGGCCAACGAGGAGGAGAGAAGGAGACGAAAUGAUCGUGAGGAAAUUCGUCGAAGACUUGCCAUGGGCGCUGAAGAUGAUUAUUUUAGUAAAUUAGUGAGUAAUAAUAUGCGACCAGGACGAAAGCCGAGCCUACAAUCACGGAUGAAAAAUGGUAAAAAUCUGCAAAUCUGUUUCACAAAUGAAGCAUCAUCGGACACAGAAAGUCACAGUUCAGACUCCGAGACAUGUCCAAAGCUAUCUCGCAUGGUUGCCCGCAGCAACACUCGGACUGAAGCUGCUCCGAAAUUUUUUUCCUCAAUAGAUGUUCCCGAUCACCAUCCCUACAAUUCUAAUCCCCUUUCAGUUAGUUGUACAAAUAAUAAUGCGAGAAAAUCUACACAAACAGCCGCCAAUGUGCCACAAUCAGAUGCUGCUGACAAAGAAUGUGAUUUCUUUACUCGACAGGCGCGACUUCAAAUUGAAGCCCGUAUGGCUUUAUCACAAGCUAAAGAUAUGGCUCAUAUGCAAAUGGAGUUGGAUAGACAAAAACAACGUUUGUCACCAAUCACAGGUAUUAUUCGUGGGUCUUUAGAAAAAGUCGGUGUAAUUAUGGCGCCAGAAAAACGACGGGUUUCACGACAAAUGUUGACCGAUAUGAAUAUUGCUCAAUUGCAAAUUAUCGUCAAUGAUCUGCACACACAAAUCGAGGAUCUCAAUGAUUCACUUGUACAUUAUUUGAUGGAACGCGAUGAAUUGCACAUGGGUCAGGAUUCAAUGUUGGUGGAUAUUGAAGAUAUUUCGAGAUUCUUAAGCGCAAAGGAACUGGAAGAUGACCAUUAAAUUAAUAAAUCAUAUUAAAUAAAAAACAAUGUGAAAACCAGCAAGAUAUUUAUAAUCCGAAUAAAAUCAUCACUUAUCUUAUAUCAGUAAUCUUCGUAAACAAACAAACAAAUAAACAAAAAAAAAUGUUAAAAUUAAACACCAUAAAAAUGAUAUAAACAAAAAAUAUUCAAGAAUAUUGUUAAUCAAGAAUUCAAAGAAGCAAUGAUAAAGAUCUGUUAACAAUUUUUUUUCUCCCGAAAUAUACACUCAAAAAAAAUAAAUAAAUAAUAAAACAAACUUAAAAAAAAAAAAAAAAAUAGAUAACAUUAUAUUCAAAAAAAAUCUAGUCAACAAAUUAAGGAUAAACAAAAAAAAAAAAAACUCAACAAUAUUGUUAUCUCUCUCUUUUUUCUACAAUUAUUAUAAAAUAUUACCUACACAAAAAUACUAUCUAAAACUUUAUUGUAUUAUACACAUAAAAUUACACAUUUAAAUACACAAAACACUCAUACAUUAUACACAUAAUUUCAUAAAUUAAAAAAGAAAAUUCAAAAAAAUCUGUAGGUAAUAUUUAUAUAAAGUUUGUUCUUGACAAUUCGGUUGAUGAAAUUAAUAUUCCAGAUAAAAAAUUAUAAAAAUUAUAAAUAAAAUAAAUAAAUUCAUACAAUGGCCUUUGAGUUGAGAUGAUGUGGUUAGCCAUUGAUUGUGCAAGGACGCAUACAUACUUGCGUGAUGGAUAAAAAAUAUAUCAUUCGUAAUGAAAGCGAAAGCCUAUUAUAUAAAUUAUGUUUUAAAAUUAAGCAAAAAAAAAAAACAAAUAAAAA